AUCCAAGAUACAAACAAAGUAAGCGUUCAAUUUACCGGUUAGAUGACUUUCAAUAUUAAAUAUUAUGGAUCAUUCCAGAUUCACUGGUGCCCUUUGUAACCUGCCUAUAUGGUUAACAGUUAAAUCAGAGUCUUCAUCAGCUAGUCAGGGCUGUGGCAGCACCUCACCACUUACUGCAGAGGCCAGAAGAGAGCGAGACAGAAAACACCUGGAUAAUAUCACGCACCAUAGUGCUGCCCAGCUGCUGUCAUUAGAGGAGUCAGCUGCCCUUGUGCAAGAGCAGACCAGAAAGUACCAGGAGUUGCAGGCCAAACCAGCUGCCCAGAAGUUGGCAAAUGGUAUAAGUAUGAGGAUGGAGAGUUACAACCCAGAAGAUGGCCCACUGGCAGCCUACAGAGAGGUACAUGAGGAUGGAGCCCAGCUUUCUUCAGAGGAGGACUGA